UCUCUGCUCAGUCUUCUCAUAGACGCUGAGGAGAACCUGCUUUCGCACACCAGCUCUUCAUAGACACAUGCGGGUACUUCUCGUAUAAUUGUUUCUAUAUAUAUUUAAUGUUGCCUGUAUAAUUGCGCUGAUAAUAUACGUAUGAAGUGACUUCAUCAACAUCAUCGGGAUAUUUUAAAAGAAAACCAGAGAUGCACGUAAUCUAACUGCAAAGAAGAUAAUCAACGACAGUGAAAAAGGUGUCUGGUGGAAAUAUCCGCGCGUGCCAAAUUGGUCCUCCGGAUAAAAGUGGACGCGUUAUGAGACGGUGAUCCAACAACAAAAAACGAUAAAAUGCAUUUUUUAAGGAGUGCUCUUAACGCGUUUCUAAUUAAAGACAUGCCGGGGUAAUCCACAUGGGACAGCUUCUUACGUCUGCAAGCGACAAUAAAAAGUGAGGAGACCCAUGCCGGAUGAUCUGAGGCAAACUUCAUCAACUCACCGGACGGGAGAUAGAAAGUAAUAAAAAGCUGCAUACCUUCAUUAAUUUCCACCCACUUCAACACAUUUAACAAAUGACAACCGCUGUCUUUAAACAUAUAAAAGAGACUCCCUCUCCUCAUGCCAUGGUGCACUAGCGCCCGGGGAAGUACCUUUAGAAAGGGAACGCCAACGGAGCCUGUUUGGUGUACAUCGCAUUGAUAUUAAUAAUCGUCAAUCACUCUGGAAACUCGUCAAAGAAGUGUAAAAUAUCAGCAUCGCUCAAAACAGGGCUAUAAGACUUGACGCAGGGCAGGGGGGCUCUCGUUGACCACCUUUCAGCAUGAGCGCACUGCGCACGCUUGUCUUCAUCGCGCUCCUGCUGCUGAUCCUCACUGCCGGCUACUGCAAACAGAGAGACAGAGACGACACAAGUCUCUUGGACCUCCUCAGAGUGAGACUAACACGGGAGCAUCGCAGUGAUGGAAAUCUACAUUCUCCCAAAAUCACAGAGGAAUCGAUAGAAACAAAAGACGUUUAUAAAGUUACUAAAACAGAUGAGAAUGAAAGAAUUCUGGAGGUCUUUCCAAGAGAUCUUCGACAGAAGGAAAAGUUUUUAAAACAUUUAACAGGGCCACUUUAUUUCAGCCCCAAGUGCAGUAAACACUUUUAUAAACUAUAUCAUAAUACCAGGGACUGCACAAUACCUGCCUAUUAUAAAAGAUGUGCCCGGCUCCUUACAAGAUUAGCAGGGAGUCAGCGGUGCACCGAGGGAUAGACAUCACAGAUGACAAAAGACCCGAAGACAGACAAAGAAAAGUGCCUUGGAGAAAAACAGGGAAAUGAGAUUUAUUUUGAACAAUCAUAUUUAUCAUGUGUACAAAGCUAUUUUUGCAAUGAAAUGGAACUCCUCUUUUGACUUCAGCUUUUCACAUACAGCAUGUUGUGCUGACAGAACUGAUGUCAGAACAAAGUUUACUGAUAAUUGUCAUGGUGAAAAUGAAGAAAACAAUGUUUUGCAACAUAUGAAAAUAAAAAAUAUCCUGCUGCCAAACGAUAAACUGGGUGUCACAUUCAACUUUAAAUGCUACAGGUUGAUUUGCCUUCCCAGGUCGGGUUGGAGGAUUAAAUUGUUUUUUUAGAUGCUGUAAUGUGUUUGCUGGCUGAACACAAACUUUGGUCUAACAUUCCUGACAACUUCAAUCACAUUCCAUAUAACCAGAGCUAAAUCCUGUGAGUGAAAUAUGAAUUGCAUGAUAUUUUCUUGCCUUUUUGUCUUUACAAGACAUGUGCUGGCAGCAAUGAAUGGUACAGGUUGCAGUUUAUUCUGUGAACAACUUUAAUUAAAACAUUAAAC